AUGACCGACUCUAAGAAGGGAAGCGCAUAUGGCGCCCCUGCAGGCGACACAGAUUUCCGGAAGACCUGGGACCUGGAUGACUACGCCGCCAAGGCCAAGGAGCGCGAAGCCAAGGAAAAGGAGGAAGCCAAGGCUCGGUAUGAGGCCAAGCUUGCUGGCAAGAAAUACCACAAGCCAUUGACGGGCGACGAAACAUAUACUACCGCCAGGAGGAGUGUUAUUGAUCUGACAGCACAGGUGGGAAAAACCCAACUCGUGCCUGCUGGCGCUGGUGUUGGCAAACGAGGUCGAAGCGCAGGUUUCUACUGCGAGCCUUGCGACCUUACGUUCAAGGAUAACAAACAAUUCAUCGAGCAUUUGAAUACUAUUCAACAUCUUCUCAAUACUGGACAAACCACCGAAGUUAAGCGCGCCACCGUGGAGGAGGUUCACGAGCGGAUUGCGUAUUAUAUUCGAAAGAAGGAGGAGUUGGAAAAAGAUAAGGCGACUAGUCUCCAAGAAAGACUACAACUAAGGGAGGAAGAACGGGAGAAGGAACUGGAGGAGAGGCGACAGAAGAGGAGGGACGAGGCAGAGAAGAAGCGUCAUGAAAGGGAAGAAGCUGCCAAGGUCAAGAAGGAGUAUGGUGACGAUGUGCGAAUCGAUGGUGAACAUGACGAGGAUGACAUGAUGGCUCAAAUGGGGUUCACCGGGUUUGGAACUUCCAAAAAGUAA